AGUCUGUUGCUUUUCUUACUACUUGUAGGUUGUUUUGCGGAUAUGAGCUUUGGCUACCUAUCUGUAGGUUUGCCAGGGCAAUGGUGUGCUGAAUUGUCAAACAAAUACUCUUAAGGACUGACUUGUUAUCUUUGGAUAAUAUAGUGAUUCAUUUAAACAAUCUGGAUGGCUAUUUAUUUCACGGCAGAGAUAAGGGAGUAGGGAGGGGGAGAAACAGUGAGAGAGGCGGACUCAGGGAGUCAAGUCAUCAUGGCCCGCCGAUUCAGUCCUUCCAGCAGCUUCAGGGCUCGGUGGUUUCCAGACAUCGAUCCACCGGCUCCGGAGCAACCACCGGUGGCUCGCGCUUCGUCUGCUUCACCUACCCACAGUUCUCCGAAUCCAAGUCCUCGCGAGCUCGGUCCACCAGGAACUGAAUUUGUGUUGCCUCUCCUGCCGCUGCCGCCGAUUCGAGCUUCAGACAGACCGAAGAAGGCAGAUCAACCGUGGCGGUCUCUGCCUAGCCUUCACCCAGAGCUCAUCGCCGAAAUCCUCUCGUGGUUGCCCGUCCAUUCACUGAUCCGGUUCAGGUGUGUCUCCAAAUCUUUCAGAACCCUGAUUUCCAGCCCUGUUUUUGUCAAAGCCCAUCUCAGAAACAUGAAAGCCUUGUCCAGAACCAAACCCAAUAAUGUUCAAAGACUUAUUAUCAACAAAUGCAAAAGAUGGCCGAGAAAUGUCGAAGUCCAUUCAUGUUCCCUUAACUCUCUGCAUAAUUAUCAUCAGACCGAGUCUGAGAUCUAUCUCGUUCGCCCUUUAUAUGUGCCUGUACUGGCUUCCACAAAUCCUGUCUUUGUUGGUUGUUGCGAUGGGAUAAUCUGCGCUCUUGGCGACAAACCAGACUCCUUCGUUCUGUGGAAUCCAUCUACCAGAGCAUGCAUUACAUUGCCUAAGUAUGGGUCAGAGCCAUCGAUGAGAUUAGGGAGUCUCAACGGUAUUGGGUUUGGUUAUGAUCGUCAAUUAGAUGACUACAAGGCGGUUGUUUUGUUUAAACCAAAGGGAAGUGAUGAUGGAACUACUUAUCAAACUGUGGCCCAGGUUUGUGCUUUGAAGUCUAAACUCUGGAGGAGGAUCGAGGAUUUUCCCAACGUCCUAUGUGGCAGGCUUCAAGGAAAGUUUGCUGCCGGUUGUCUUCAUUGGGAUGCAUUGGACGGUAAUGUUGAUCUGAACCAUAUCAUUGUGUCACUUGACCUAGCGACUGAGACGCAUAAGCAGGUGAUGCUACCUGACUUCGGGGAGGCUAUUAUUUCGUGGACAUUGGAGGUAUUGGAUGAUUGCGUGUGUAUCAUGAGCGACAGCAACGACUCAAUUGGUGCUUCUUCUACACUGUGGAUGAUGAAAGAGCAUGGAGUGAGAGAUUCAUGGACCAAGCUUUUCAGAGUUCUAUACAAUGACAUGUUGCCUAGGGCAUGGACACCGGCAGUGUACAUUUCGAACAGUGAUGUGGCUCUCUUUCGUGCACAAGAUGGUUUGCUGAUUUACGAUAUUGAGCAUAACACUGUCCGGCUUCUUAUAUCGGAUGCUUCGUUCUGUUACCAGACCCAUGUUUACUUGGAGACCUUGGUUUCACCAAGAAUCGAGAUUUAGCAGGAGCAAGGUAGGUUAUUGGGUUUCCUUCUCAUUUUAAAUCUUCCUCCUUUAAAAUUGCCCUUCAAUAACAUUUGUUUGAUCCGUACUCUAAAUUCUGUUUCUGGACAAUACAGCCAGUUGGCUUUCCCUUUUGUUUAUGUCCUCUUGGCCUCUCUGUUUCUGUAACCUUCUUCAGACUUCAACUUCCUUGCUACUUGUAGGUUAUUUUGCUGACGGGUUUUGGCUGCUUAUCUGUUGGUUUUUCCAGGGCUCAAGGCUUUUGGGAUCAAGGCUUUUGGGUGUCUUAGAGAUCAAGGUUUGUUUGCAAGUAUGGCAAGAGAUUGUUUCAUGAUGUUGGAGGCACACCAUUAUCUCACUCGACCUAGUGAGUGAGACAUAUAGGGAGGUGAUGCCACCUGAGUUUGGGGAGGCUUCUGGUCUUUGGUUAAUUGAGGGACUGGAGGAUCACCUUUUUACCAUAAUCUGCAAUUCAAUUGGUGGUUCUUGGGCAGGGUGAUUUGGCUCAUCGAGAUCUGUUGUUCUCUUCCUAUUUUCCUUUUCGUUUCUUCCUUCUUACUUUAUCCUGCCAACUGCGGUUCAGCUCUUGUGAUCCCCUGCUGGCUACUUCUCUUGUACAGUUUUCCCUGUGGUUUUAAUAAAGCUCGUCUCACUUAUAAAAAAACUCAAUUGAUGGUUCUUUUAGCAUUUUGGAUGAUGAAAAGCAUGGACUAAGCUGUUCAGAUUUCUUCACAAUGACAUGAACCCUUGUUCCUGGUGUUUUAAGUGUGUAAAGACCAGAUCCUGGUGCCUGUUUGUUGUUUUAAGCAAGUCCAUUGUUAUAUGAUUGGGUCUUCUGCAAUUGGUUAAUGAUGGCAGAGCCUUUUCCUCUGCAUGCACAGAGGAAAAGGCUGAUGGUGUGAUGUAACGAUGGUCGAGAGAGAAUACUGAUGGUGAUGAUGGUAUGUCUGUAAGAAUUAGCCUUGAAUGUCACAACGAGAAAAAUUCCGACACAUACAUUUGAGACUAUUCUAACGACUUUCUUUAUUUCAUGCAAGGUUCAUUUCUGACAAUUCUACAGGCACUUCUUAUGCAGUGUUGUUGAUGAAAGAGCAUAGAGUGAGGGAUUCAUGGACCGAGCUGUUCAGAUUUCUACAUGAUGGCAUGUCCCCUGGUCCAUGGAACCAAGUAAUCGUCGUUUCGGACAGUGACGAGGUUGGGAGGGGUUACGGUGCUAAUUGUACAAUAGUUAGCACCGUACUAAUUAAGGGAAAAACUACUACUAGUUUGAAUUAGUAGUGAUUUAGUUUAGAUGUUGUAUUGAUUUUAUAAUAAUCCGUAGUGAUUUUUGCUAGUUAUCACAGUGCUAACCCUUAUAGAGGUUAGCACCUAAUCCCAUUCCUGACGAGGUUCUUUUCCAGCCACAAGAUUUUUGCAGAUUUACGAUAUUAAGAAUAACACGGUUCGACUUCU